AUGCACAUUAAACAAGUGAUUGUCUGCGGUUUCCGUAGUUACAAAGAUCAAGUGGCAGUUGAACCAUUUAGUGAUCAACAUAAUGUCGUCAUUGGACGUAAUGGGACUGGAAAAUCAAAUUUCUUUGAUGCCAUUCGCUUUGGUCUAUUAACGUCACGUUUUGCAAACUUACGACCAGAUGAACGACAAGCUUUAUUACAUGAAGGAUCGGGGAAACACGUCAUGUCUGCUUAUGUCGAGAUUCUUUUUGAUAAUAAAGACGGUCGUUUACCUGUAGACGAUGAAGAAGUGGUUCUAAGACGAACGAUUGGAGUAAAAAAGGAUGAAUUCUUUUUAAAUCGAAAACAUAUUACGAAAAGUGAUGUGGUUCACUUACUCGAGAGUGCCGGGUUUUCACGGUCAAAUCCUUAUUAUAUUGUCCAACAAGGCAAAGUGAAUGCGCUUGCAGUGAUGCGGGAACGUGAAAGAUUGGAACUAUUGAAGGAAGUCGCAGGAACGAAAGUAUAUGAAGAUCAGAGAGUUAAAUCAUUGAAGAUUUUACAGGAAACACAAUUACAGAGAGAUAAGAUCCAAGAGGUUGUGAGGUAUAUUGAAGAGAGACUGUCGGAACUAGAGGAGGAGAAGGAAGAAUUAAAAGAGUAUCAGCAACUGGACAGAGAACAACGUGCUUUGGAGUAUACGAUGCAUGAGAAGGAGCUGCAGAAUGUACGUGAGGAGAUUGAGAACCUUGAUAAAGAGAGACAGAGAGAGAGUGCCGUAGCGACGGAACUGCAUGAGAAACUUAUGCAUGUUCGAGCUGAGAUCAGUCGGAUUGAAAGUGAUUCUCGUAGUAAAAAGCAAGAUGUGGUGCAAUUGAUGGAGGAAAAAAAGAGUCGAGAGGAAGAACGAAAAGAACUGAUGGAAGCGAGAUUCAAAUUGGAGAUGCAAGUGGACGAGCUCAAAGAACAGAUUCAUACUGACGGCAAGCAGAGAUCUGCUGUGUCGAAGGAAGUGGAAGUCGUGAAACGUGAGAUUGAAGCCAAGCAAGCCCAAUUGAGUAAUGAGAUUCUACCUGCACUACAACAGGCAGAGAAAGCACAUGACCUGGUCGCACGAAACCUUCAGGAAUGCAGAGCACUGUCGGAGCAUCUUAUUGCCAAGCAGGGUCGAAAAAGUCAGUUUCACACGCAGCAACAGCGUGAUGACUAUCUUCAGCGUGAGAUCAGUGAUAUUGAGGGAUUGGUGCGCAGAAAAGAGUCUGACACAGCAUCGAUAAAACACUCGAUUGAGGGCUUGGCGCAGUCUAUUGAGGGAUCGGAACGAACGCUACAGCAACAGAUUGAAGAGUUACGUGAACAUCGUGUCCGAGUGGAUGAUGUCGGGACAGAAGUGCUCCGUCUGAAAGAGCAACGCAACAUCUUGAAUGAAGAACGAAAAGCAAAGUGGCGCGAGGAUAACCAGAUAUCGUAUAACGAGCGCGAGCUCAAGAAAAAGUUGAGCGAUGGAGAAAAUGCUUUGCAGAGUACAAUGGGGUAUGGCGUCCGCCGUGGUCUACAGGCAGUGCGAGAGAUGCAAGAUCGUAUCCGAGGAAUCUAUGGACCCUUGAUCGACCUCGUGAAACCUGUCGACGAGCGUUACUGCAUCGCUGCGGAUGAGGCCGCUGGUGGUGCUCUAUUUCAUGUAGUCGUAGAUACGGAUGACACUGCUGCAAGAAUUAUGCAAGAAUUGGACAAGAAGAAUUUGGGUCGACUAACUUUUCUACCUCUCAGUCGCUUGAAGGUGAAGGAUCACUUCGACUAUCCUCGAAAUGAUGAUGUUGUUGCGUUAAUCGAGAAGCUGGAAUAUCCUGCAGAAGUUCGUAAAGGUGUUAUGGCCGCGUUUGGUAAGAAGCUGCUAUGCCGAGACUUGGACGCUUGCGGUCGGUAUGCAGAGCAGACAAACAUGGACUGCUUAACGUUGGACGGUGAUAUGGUCCAUCGGCGUGGUGCUUUAAACGGUGGCUAUAAAGAUCCACGGCGAUCUCGCACGCGAGCGAUGAUGGAAGUGAAGCAGGCGCAAUUGGACCUUGAAAGCGUGAUGAAAAAGGCUAGGAGAGUAAAGGCUGAAGCUCAAAAAGCUGAUCAGAAAGUUACCGGAGUGAUCAGUGAGAUACAAAAGCUCGAGGCGGAAAAGCACCGCGCCAUUUCCGCCCACGAGCGCCUGUGCAGCGAGAUAUCGCAACGAAAGAACCACAUUGCUACCCAAAAAGAAAAUUUGGCGCAGAGAAAACGAAGUUGCGAAUUUCAGGAACGAGAAAUUAAUGAUCUGGUCUCAAGGAUCGAGUCGCUUCGUUCGGAACUUCUUUCGCCGAUGCAAGACACUUUGACAGCUAACGAGCAGAAAUUGCUGCACUCGUUGUCAGCCAAGGUCAAGUUACUAGAGGCAGAAGAACAAGACCAAAGACAACGACUGGAAGAUAUACGUUCCCAAAAGGAAGGCAUAAGAACAGUUUUGGAUGAAAAUUUGAUCAGACGUGAAACUGAGCUGGCGAAGCAACUUGGCGAAGGAAUUGAAGAGCUGGCAAUCAAUGAGCGAGAAGAGAAUUUGAAGGCCAAGCAGAUCGACUUACUUGACGCGUCGCGUUUAGUAGAUGAUAACACGUUAUUGCUGAAGGAACUCGAGCAGAAGAUUGAGACGUUGCAGCAGGAAACCACAAAUGGAAACAGGCAGUUGGAUGCAUUGAAUGGACAGGAUGUCUUAUUGAGUGACCAGAUCCAGCAGGAAACCCGGCGAACGGAGAAAGUCUUAAAUAAGCGCCGCCGACUGCUGAAGAAGCGUGACGACACCACGCGAGAUAUCCGGGAGCUAGGAACUUUGCCGAUUCCCGAGCUCGACAAAUUCAAGGUGCUGUCUUACCAGGACGUGAUCAAGCAGUUCAAACGUCGAACCGAGAAAUUGAAGAAGUACAGCCACGUGAACAAGAAGGCGUUGAAUCAAUAUAUGAGUUUUAACGAGCAGCGCGCAACGCUUUUGGAGAGAAAGAAGGAGAUUGACGAUGCGUACAAUUCGAUCAAGGACCUGAUUGACGUCUUAGACAAGCGAAAAGACGAAGCUAUAUUCCGCACAUUCAAAGGAGUGGCGGGCUUUUUUUCAGAAGUGUUUCGCGAGCUGGUACCAACAGGAGAAGGCAAGAUGAUUCUUGUUGGCGCGGACACGAAUCAGAUCAGUAACAUAAAUGGUGGCGAUCCGUCGCAGGAGUCGAACGUCGACACGUACUCUGGUGUGCAGAUCAAGGUGAAUUUCCGCGGAGAAGGAGACUCCUACUUGAUGCAGCAACUCUCUGGUGGCCAAAAGGCGUUGGUGGCCCUCGCCUUCAUCUUUGCAAUUCAACGGGUCGAUCCAGCUCCUUUCUACUUAUUUGACGAGAUUGACCAGGCAUUGGAUUCCACUCACCGAGCUGCGGUUGCGGCGUUGAUUCAUCGACAAGCACACUCGAAGGAGAGCCCGGCUCAGUUCAUCACGUCGACCUUUCGCCCUGAGCUGGUGAACAUUGCUGACAAACGGUAUGGUAUUGGCUACCAAAACAAGAUCAGCAAUGUCUACUCAAUGACGAAAGACGAGUCCCUCGACUUUAUCUCGAAUAUCAUGGCGGAAGAAGAGGGUGUGGCAGAAUCGAAAGUGUAA